GCGCCCCGAGCUCAGAAAACAGGCGAAGUGAUGAUGCAAGGACCAAAGGAAGAGAGAAGGGAUAAAUGUUUAUUUGUUUCAUGGUUUGGUUUUAUCCUAAAUAUUUUUAAAUGAUCUGACAAAUGCCGCAGACAGAAUGUCUCAUCGCAUGAAUGAUGUUAUGAAGCUGUGCUGUGAGUUGUCAGCCAAUCAGCAAAUCCAAACUACUGUGAAGGGUUCCGGGAAAGGGGCGGCUGCAGCGGGCGGCCUGGCCUUUGCGGGAGGAUUGGUUGGGGGUCCUCUUGGCAUUGCAGUGGGUGGUGCUGUGGGGGGUCUUUUGGGAUGUUGGCUGACCAGUGGACAGUUCAAGCCUUUGCCUCAGAUUAUCAUGGAGCUGAGCCCUCAGCAGCAGCAGAAACUCUACGAUGAUCUCAUGGUUAUUCUUGGAGAAAUUCAGUGGACAGACUUGGCACAGUUAACAGCGUUGGUGAUGGGGAAUACAAGUCUAAAGCAUCAACUUACUGCUGCUCUGCUUGGAUAUGUCACAAAGGAGCUCCAGGCAGAAGUGCACUACAUCGACUGAUCUGAACAAUAGAACAACCCAGAGAUCGUUCACAGCAAUGAACAUGACGAGAACGAAAUUAUGACUACACAAACUUAGUCUUUAUCUGAAUGUAAAUAUUGACAAUGUGAUUUUAUAGCUGUCUGUGUAAUGCCUCAGUCGUCCAGGUCUGAUCCAUAAUAAAAGCCAAAAUUAUAAUCUGUCAACUGCAGACAGAUUUUACUUUUGGUUUUUAGUAUUUUUUAGCAUAUAGAGACACAUUUUAUCAUUGUCAUUUUUGAGUAUAAAAUGUCACCUGUUCCAAAAAUAUGAAUUUAAAUCUCUCCAGUGUUUAGUGUUUAUUCACUCAUCUGUAGAACAUGCUAUUAUAGGCCUACUAGAAAUGUCAUAAAUGGGCUUACUACACAUAUACCUUGUUUUGUUGGG